AUGGAUCAACUUGUCGAAACCAAUGAUGAAUCCAAUAAGACAUCUAGGAUUUCAUACACGAGAAAGUUUCUUUUAUCCUUGAGCGAUAAGGAUGUUUGCAAGAAGCUGCCAAAUGUGCCCAGUGAAUUUAAUGAUUUACUGUUGCGUGACUCCGAAGAUCCUUCACCGGAGCGACUGAGAUUUUCUGGCGAUUUCUCGUCUCACAGUUUGAGGCGGAAUGACUAUAGUUCAUCACCUCCCACCAGGGGUGAAUUAGGUAGUAACUCUCGAGGCAUCCAUGGAAGAUGGGAAGGGCGCUCAGGUGGAUGGAAUGAUAAAGAUAGUGAUUCAAACUCAGACCGGGACCCAGCAGAGUCUGGAAGGCGAUCUGGCAUGCCAACUCGGAGGCCUUGGCAAGCACCGGAGCAUGAUGGACUUCUGGGGAAAGGUUCCUUCCCUAAGCCUUCUGGAUUUGGUGCGGGACCAUCUGGCCCCAGACCCCAAUCUAAUGACUCGUAUCAGCUGAGUAGAAGCAAUGAACCUUACCAUCCUCCUCGCCCAUACAAGGCGCCACCUUUCACUCGGCGUGACACUAGAGACUCAUUCAAUGAUGAGACAUUUGGUUCUUCCGACUCUACAAGUGAAGAUAGAGCAGAAGAAGAAAGAAAAAGAAGAGCUUCUUUUGAGUUGUUGAGGAAGGAACAUCAAAAAGUAUUCCAGGAGAGGCAAAAAUCAAACCCAGACUUACGUAAAAACGACUUUGAUUUUACUGAACUGCUUGGGGAGUCCAAAAAUGAAAAAGAGCUUCCAAGUAGAGGCGAUGAAGUCAAUAAUACUCCAACAGUUCCUGGUUCUAAUAACCCCUCUUUUCCCUCUCAAAGUAACGCUCCCAGACCGCUUGUACCUCCUGGUUUUGCUAGCACAAUUUUGGAAAGAAAGCAAGGGGAAAAACCUCAAACUGAAACUUCUCAACAUGAGCGUGGUCCUUUGAAUUCCAAAGGCAUUAAUAUGGUGAAUGGAAUGUCUGUCACUAAUGAAGAAAAACCGUUGGGAUUUAGGAGAGGCUCAAGUGAGAUGCUGGUAGAAGGUGAAGCUGUUUGUGUCUCCUCCACUGACAGAAGUGAACAGGCUGCUAAUAUCUCUUCAAUUCUAGGAAUAUCUACAGAUAACGUCUUUAAGGACAGAAGUUUUGAAAAGCUUUCCUCCAUCUCAACUGCUGAUGAAGCUCAGGGUUAUCCUAGCAAAAUUGAGCAAGCUGCAGUGACUUUGGACCCGAAGAAAAGCUUGGAGAUUUCAGAUGGACCAUCAAUUCUGGAUAAGAUCUUCAACACCGCUAUAAAUUUGACUAGUGGUGACUCCUCUAAUAUUUCUCAGAAAAAUGUCGAAAAAGUAGAAGAAACAAGGAGCCCUCAGACUGUUAAAUCUUCCAAGUUUGCACAUCUAUUUAUUGAAGAAGAUAACAAGCCAGUCGAAGAUCUCUCAUCCAGCAAGCCACCAGGAGGCUUACUGUCACUACAUCAAGGUGCAGAUAAAUUGCAAACCUUCGACACAAAAACCAAGGGUGAACUUUCCAUGGAUUUUCCUUUUCAAGGCCAUGCCAUCAAAAACACUGAUCAGCUAAGCAACACUUCCGCAAGUAAAUCAGUAACAGCUGUUCCGCCUGUUCUCACUUGUGAAGACCUUGAGCAGUCUAUUCUGUCACAAGUCACUGAAAGCUAUCAUCCACCUCCACCGCAAGUUGACAUCGACAUUGGUGUUUCUUCAGUGAAGAAGACCAAACAGCGGAAAGCAUCCGUCGAUGACCAGGCUUCGCAGCACCUUCUUUCUUUAUUGCAGAGAAGUGCAGACACAAAAAUUCAAGAUACGCAGCUACUUCCAAUGACAGAGAGUAGACCAUCACCACCACCUGUGAAACCAACUACAGCUGGAGAAGCAGAUCCAGGGAAGUCUUUGACUCUUGAGAAUCUGUUUGGGAGUGCUUUCAUGAACGAACUGCAGUCAAUCGGAGAACCAGUCUCAGGUAGAGCCAUGGUUUCUGAUGCGCCUGGUGUCCCGCUUCGAUCUGCCAGGUCUAUCGGUGAACUGAGCCAGAGAAACCAAAUCAGACCUGACGGUCUCCCCGGAGGGCUACUAGGCCUUCCAGAAGAUGGUAACUUACUUGCAGCUGGCGAUGCUGCGAACCCACAAAAAUACAUGUUUUUUCCAGGAACUCAUAAUCAGGAGCCUGAAGCAACUUUCAACAUCUCUGACAAGCUAGCUGCUUUAAACUCCGGUCCAAGGAACGAAAGACCAACAAUGGGAGGUCAAGAUGGUCAGUUUUUUCACCAUCCGCAACAAUACACGACCGACCCCGCUGCUCACUUGAAUGGUUCAGGCCCAGGAUUCCAUCCGUUCGAUUCUCGACAUGCUCAUGUAAAACCUUUCAUGGGACCAGGAAACAACAUCAUUCCCCAACAUCAUGAACCUCCACCAAACCACCGGUUUCCACCAAACAUGAUUCAUCGUCCACCUUUCCAUCAAUCAACAAACACUGGACUUCCGGAGUUUGAUCGUCUUCCUCCGCAUAUGAUGCAGAAGAUGCAUAUGCAAGAUAACCUGCAACAGCAUCAUCUAAUGCAUGGAUUCCCCGGCGGUGGUCCACCUCGCCAUCACUCUCCUCAUGUAAACAACCAAAUGUCGGGUCUCGUUCCCGACUUAAAUCCAUCACAAGGCUUUCCACUCGCUCAUCGCCAGCCCAACUACGGUAUGCCACCACCAGGCUCUCAAGCCAACAGGGUUGAUCAUCCAGCUUCACUGCAGACACUCUUGGGGAUUCACCAGAGGAUGGACCCAUCCAAGCAGAUACCAGCAAUGGGUCAAGCCGGUGGUCCUAAUCGUCAGGGCUCUAUGGGUCAUGAACUCGACCUUGGCUUUGGCUACAGGUAG